AUGUUAACCUACCGGAUCUGCCAAGACCAGACCAUCGUCGAUAAACUACUCAAGGCUGGCUAUCUGUCCACGGAGAAAGAGAAGCAGGAAGCCGAGGAUUGCUUCAAUAAGGGAGUGUUCAAGUGCAUCGAUGUUAAUGGUCAGGAUUGCGGCUAUAGUCUGGAUUGCUCCAAGGACGAAACCUGUUGGCGUAAUGACUGGUUCACUUGUAAUGGAUUCCAGGCUUCGGGCAUGGCUAAAUGUCAGGGAGUUGAUAACGCCCAGUUGAACUCGUGCUACACCUCAAUUGCAGGUGGAUAUACGGUUACCGAGAAGAUCAAGCUUCCGGACUAUGUUUCGAACCACACUUUGAUUUCUUUCAAGUGGAAUUCAUUCCACACAUUUUCUUGUGCAGAUGUGGCUAUUGGCAUGUAA